AUGGGGGAGCCAAAGGCGGCCAUGUACCUGGGGAAGGAUGUUUUCAUCAGCCUAGAUACUUUUGAGAGCAGCCUCUCCCCGCUUUCCAUCCCAGAAGAGCUUGAGACCAAGGAAGCCGUUGUCAGUGCCUUCGCCUUCGUGCACAAGGACGGGGUCUCGAUGGUGGCCAACGGCCAGGUCUACAUGUAUUUCAAGAGCCUCAACAGGUGGGUCCAUCAGCAGGAGUUCACAUCUCCCAUGUCUGAACUCUCAAACACCCAUUACUGCUAUGCAAGAGCAGACCCCCAGUGCAAGGAGUGCAGCUGGACCCUUUUUGCUUAUGACACCAGGCGCUCAGUCUCUGACAGCCACAUCUUCCUUUCACAGGACGGGGGUUACACUUUUACACACACGCUGACUUCUGGCAUAUGUGAUGGAGAGAUGUCUAUUGUCACUGUGGACAUCCCUCACAACCCAGUCGGUUGUACUGAUGUGGCUCCCCUGAUUGCACUUGUCGCAGUGUCCUGCCCACCUACAAGGCACAUCAGAAUUGUAAAAAAUACAACAGCGUGUGACAAAGGCCUCAUUCAGGAAGCAGCACUGGCAAAUAAUUUUGGUUAUACAAUCAGCCAUAACAUAUACAUCUCGCACUUUCUUGCCAGAAAACAUAUACAGCAGGACAAUCGACAGGUCAAAUACAACUUUACAAAUCUGGGUUGUCCUCUUCUGGCAUAUUAUAAAAAAUUCUUGGGUGUGUCAAUUUUUGAGUUAUGGGAAAACAAUAGAUUUCAGGAGCAUGUCCCUGCUGAAUUUGUUCUGUUUGAAAUACAUGGAAUGCAUAACUAUGAUUAUCUUCUGACUGCACAUGAUGCCAACUCCAUCUCUCAACCUCAGAAUUGGUCUUCUUUGCUAGAGGAACAGGAGUCUCCAGAUCCAAAUACUGCAUGGACCAGAAGAAACUACAUGAGCUGUAAGGAUAGGAAUGGACCUGAACUAAAGCAGCCCUCAGUCAAGUAUCAGGUUCUUGAAGGAGAUAAAAAUAAGAUCAUUUUCCCUCCCUAUAAUGUGCUAUAUAUCUUAAAAGCCAUUGUAGUGGAUACAUUUUACAGUUAUUGUGAUUUAUCUGUAACCUUCUCAGUAUACGUCUAUGGUGCUUUUCCCAGGAACUACCUACAUUUCUGGGCAUCACUGACAGUCUUUCUGAUCUUACUUUUGAUUUUUAAAAGGUACUCCCUAUCUCAUUUAUCAUUCUAG